AUGAAAGAACGGAUUGUUGUGAUUGGAGCGGGCGUUAUUGGGCUGACGACGGCGUUGGAGCUUUCUCGGCGCGGGUAUUUGGUUUCCAUAGUGGCCAAGGAGCUGCCUGGAGACGAGGCCAGGUUCUACACGAGUCCGUACGCGGGGGCGUUUUUCUACCACCUGGACUCGCUGGCCAGCAAAGGCUGGCUGGCGCAAUUGCAGGACAUUGCGUCGUACUACGAGUUUCUGCGUGUUGCCCAGGAGCCCGGCUCCGGCGUUGCUGAACGCGUGGCCGAGGUGUACGUGCCGCGGAUAUCGAUGAUGGAGACAGGCUACGACGGGCCGUGGUUCAAAGACGUGGUGAGAAAUUACGAGGUGAUUGAUCCCAGAGAGUAUCCGGCGGGCGCGGCCGGUGACGACAUUGUUUUUGCGUUCAGAUACACGGGAUUCACCAUCAAUCCGGUGCAGUAUCUGCAUUAUUUGCUGUAUCGGUGUGCUCAGAGCGGUAUUAACUAUGUCAGACGUACGGUGGGCAGUCUGGAGGAGGCCAAGACGCUGUUUCUUGACGGGGACGAUUUUGUCGAGGCCGAUUUAGUGGUUAAUUGCGCAGGGAUCCACGGUUUUGACCUCAACACCAAGGAUAAGGAGAACCGGCUCCCUGUCAAGGGCCAGACGCUGCUGGUGGAGAACGUGGCACGCAAGCUGAUAAUUGUUGAGGCAAUGGAUGCGGCGCAUGCUACAGAGUCGCUUUAUGUUGUUCCGCGGGCCGGCUACGGGACACUGUUGACAGGGACGUAUCUGUACCACGAUGAUUCGGUGGAUGUCGAUGCGGGAUUGACCCAGCGAAUAAAGGAAAGAGCACUAAGAUAUGCGCCGGAACUUGUGGACUCGGACUUUAUGAAAAACCCUGGUCAAUUGGUUGAAGUGCGCCAGUUUGUUGGGAUCCGGCCGGGCAGAGAGGGCGGAGUCAACGUUUCGCGAGACGGCUGGCGGAUCCACAACUACGGCUCGGCGCACUCCGGCUAUCAGAACUCCUACGGGCUGGCCAAUCGGGUUGCCCGUUUGGUGCAGGAGCGGGCACUGAAAAGCAGGUUGUAA